AUGACAACUGCAUUUCAACCUUUCUUGCUUUUCCCACAUUCUCAACAAGCAUAUCGUGGUAUUUCCACGUUGCAUAAAUAUUUUGAAGACGAAGACCUUGUUGAUCGGGUUUUUAGUGGUAAAGUUCCAAAAUGGACUUCAAAUAUACUUUAUUAUAAAGACAUUCAAGUUUUGACUUCAACAAAAGAUUCUAAAUACAAUCGGCAAGCGAUUGCUAAUUUUUUAGACUUGGAGAGUACUAUUGCCUUUUCGAUCUUUGAUUCUCACGACUCGUCUUGCCGUGGUGUCUUGGAAAUUAUGACCAUGAUAGAGAAACAUGAUUUUGAUUUUGAGACGGAAAAAGUUUUCAAGGCUCUCCGGAGUUGUCGGCUUGUUGUGCGGUUGAGGAGAUGUAAGGCUUUGUGCAUACUUGCGAGCAACGAUAUAUUUGAGGAGGGGCAAGGUGUUGUUGGAAAAACACUUUCAUCAAAUCUUACUUUCUUUGAAACCGAUGUGAAGGAAUAUCAUAUAACCGAGUAUCCUCUUGUUCUUUAUGCACACAACUCCGUUGGAUCCAACAAAAAGGCAUCGAUCACCGGAAUUGAGGGUGAGAGAGAAGUCAUCGAUCCACGGUUUAGACCCGAGCGGUGGGUGACCAUCGAUUCCCGGAUUGUUACUUACGCUAUGCCGUGGGUCGGGUAUAACAUGUAG